GGUUUAUUGAAAUAGUGAUAAACUUAUUUUGUUCAAGAGAAAAAUUUUGUGACUGCUGUCUUGUUCUCUUUCUGUAUUUUGUGUCUGAUUUUUUCAUCAAUAUUCAUAUUUUUUUGUAGUUCUACUAUGCCGAAGUAUUAUUGUGAUUAUUGCGAUACCUAUUUGACUCAUGACUCUCCAUCUGUAAGAAAAACACAUUGUAAUGGACGAAAACAUAAAGAUAAUGUUAAAUUUUACUACCAAAAGUGGAUGGAGGAUCAGGCCCAAAGUCUUAUUGAUGCAACAACGGCUGCAUUUAAAGCUGGAAAAAUACAGUCAGGUCAGUUCCAGAAUGCUGCUAAACCCCCUGGUGGAGUAAUGAUCCCUCCUCCUCCAAAUCUUCAAGGUCCACCUCGACCUGUGGCUCCAGGGCAAGGAAUGCCAGUUAUGGGACCUCCUCCUAUGGGUCCAAUUGCUGCUCCAAUGCGUGGUCCUAUGCCAGUGAUGGGACCUCCUGCACCUGUUCCACAUAACAUGAUGAUGCCUGGAGUGAGAGCACCAGUCACAAUGAUGCCAAUUGGUCCAAUUGCUGGUCCUAUGAGAGCUCCAAUAAUGUGACAAGAAUCAUAUUUGUAAAUUUCAUCUGUGUCAUUAAAUCUGUCAUUUGUAUUAUUAAAAGUCAAUCAUUUUUUUUUCUACUACUAUUGUAUUUCUGUAAUAAAAAAAUGCAAUCCAGAAACCUUUAAAGAUAAAUGAUUAAAAUAUAUUUAUUGGAA